UUUAUAGAACCACUUUGACUCGGACCCGCGAGAGCUGCAUGAUGAUCAUCUCAGGCUAAGUCGGACCUGACAAACGUAUGAUUCGCCCAGGAUAAGGGGCAAGUUGGCCCAAUUGAAAAUUCACCCCUUGCAACUUUUCGAUAACCUCCCACUCACUCAUCGAGACGAAACGUUGACCGCCUUGUCAUUAAAAUGGACUACGAAAUAAAACCUAAAUCAGCACUCUCGUACCUCGCGGAAGAACUUUGGGUUUACGUUCUAGGUUUCCUUUCUUGCAGAGAUAUUCUUCGUUGCACAUCUGUAUGUAAGGCCCUUCACCAGAUAUACAUGUCCUCUUCAGAGCUCCAGUACAUCGUCGAACUCAGCGGCCAAUGCUUGCUCCCCGGCAUCUCCAGCACGGACGACCGUACCCCUAUUUCCACUGGCAAGCGCUUACAACGCUUGAGGGAUAAAGCCCAUGCAUGGCUCAAGUUUGAUGCCUAUACUUUCCAAACAGUUAUCCCAUCAACCUCGCUUGAUGACAGGCAACAAUACGUCACCGGUGGUGAACAUUUCUACUUGUGGAACUACUAUGACAACUUGGUCGCCAUCAGCCCAAUACCAUCCAAACUCUCACAACGAACAAUCGAACGCCACUGGUCACCCAGAUUAUGUCCAUUUCCUGGGGCGGAGAGGCGGAUUGCAUUGAUGGACCCGGCACAAAAUUUAUUCGCCAUCGCGUAUACUUUUCACGAGAGGACCUACAUUUACCUAGCAACUCUGGAUGAUGGUUGCGUCCACCCUCACGCUGCCGGACCAGCGCUAGUUCUGGAGACUCCCGUAUAUGAGUGGGAAACGAAGUUUCAGUGUUAUGGGAGGCAUAUCGCUUUAUCGCGUGAAUUUUACCGCGGAGUUGAGGUUUCUGACCAUGUGUGGCAGCUGCAAAUUUGGGACUGGCAGCACUCGACAACAUUAAGCGUGAGUCUUCAUGCUUGAAUCAGAAAUUGACGAAGAAUCGACAGUUGAUUUUGAAUUUAGACUGUCCUCAGCAGCAGCAUACAAACUACAUUUCGCACCCCCGCUAGUUUUUGUUUUCUUGGAAACGACAGGUUGCUCGUUGUCGCCGAUAAUUUGAAGCUGUAUUCGAUCAAGGAUAUGUCCGAGACGCCACGAUUGCUGGCAUGUUUCCUGUUGCCUUUCCCGUUGGUGGACACAGAACACUACCUUCCG